UGCAACCAUCCACAGGCCGUCUGUUGGCUGCGGUGCUGCCUUGUUUCACCAAGUCGAUCACUGCCCCUGGCCUCUUGGGCGUCGCGCCCUCGCCAACAGACCUUGAUUUAGAUUGAGGCAUGCCGGAUCCUGCCGCUUGCUGCUGGUGAUGACAUAGGCUGAGGCUGUGCAUCGCUUUCGUUUCCAGGGCCAGCGACUUGGUGGUUGACUUUUGCACCUUCACUCUCUUGCCCUGUCUCACGCUCUUUCUUUGUGUCUUGCCCUUUGUUAGUACUUUGACGCCGUCGCCUGAAAUCCCCAUCUCUCAUCGUCGCGCGCGGGUGCUCUGAAGUUGCCCGCCAGUAUAGCCACGGCUACGUCGCUCAACAACCAUUGACUCGGCUUGCACGGGAGCCGAAAGAAGAGUCGACAGCGGGUCAGGGAAGAGAAGGAUCUCAAGCAACAAUGCCGUUCAACUGCACCACUAUCCCAGACACGACAACCACUGAUGCGGGAGUUGCGGGUGCGGGCACCCUCUUGUCUUUCAUCAUCACCAACGUUCUCUCCAUCCUGCUCUCUGCCACCAUCAUCCUCCUUGGCCUGCGAAAGUCCACCUCGGCACCCAUAUCACGCAAGCUGCUACAAUCCUUCUCGGACCAGCAGAUCCUCACAGGCAUCGGCAUCCAGUCGGUGGGCCUUGCCAAAAUGAAAACAAUGGUGCCCUACCACUUCUUCAUAAUCUGGCUCCUCUCGCUGCUCUCAACCGCUACCAACCUGGCCACACUCCUCGCCCUCGUCAACGACUUCAAGCGCGACUGGGUCCUCCGCUGGAUACGCCAGCUCCUCAUGCUCGUCAAUAUGUUCCUCGGUAUCCUCUCGGGCGUCUUCAUCCUGCAGACUGUCUUGAAGAACAUGUCGCCCAGACUGCCCAUUGCAUGCGUCUGGGAAGUCGAAAGCAAAGGCGCCUCGGAAAACGCUGCCCUCAGUAUUGCCGGUACCAUUGCCGUCAUAGCAGGCCAAGUCAUCACAUUCGGCUUCGCAACAUGGUACCUGCACAAUCGAUCGAACCCCAAAUGGCUCAAGACGGUGCAAGUCAUUGGUCUAUUCGCCUGUCUCGCAAUGGGCAUCGGCGCAACCAUUCGCAUAGUGCUCGAGUCCCAGGCUUUUGGCUCCCCGCCGGAAGCCGUGCACCUUGUGGGACCCAGCGAGGGCAACUGGAGUUUUGGCCAGCUGCUUCCUUUGCUGUUGCUUGUGCUGCCGGUUAUCAGCACAAUUGAGAUUGCAAGGGGCGAGGAGCUCAAGCCCAGGAGUAAGGUGGACGACGAUACGGAACCGCUUUUUGCAAGUGGGAAUGAUAUGGAGUUUCAGCCGAACCCGCUCGUAGGAAGUGGGACUUCUCUGUUCAGAAAGUAGAUGUGGUUAUGAAGCCUGGCUGAUAUGUAGUUAUGGGCCAUACCUAUGUCCCUUUUCUUGAUUUUGAUAGCAUGAUACCCAUUUAAAAAAUUAU